CAUGACAGGAUAUCAUGGAGCAGUGAGGAGGUGUUAGAAGCGCGGUGACCUGGAUUCCGUCCACCCCCUGUCGGCGGCGCGGUCACCAUGCCUCAAAGCCCAUCAAUGGAGAGUCAUCCCUACUCGGUCCCCCUUAUCCAGCCGGACCUGCGGCGAGAGGAGACCAUCCUACAGAUCACAGACACGCUGCAGCAUCUGCAAAGUGUGGCCAACGACAUAUUCAGCAGGAUUGUACAGCGCGUGGAGACCAACAGACGGGAGCUGCAGGCGAUAAAUGAUCGGGUCAGUGUGGCCCAGGCCAAGAUCGAGAGGCUUAAAGGCAGCAAGAAAGCCAUCAAGGUUUUUUCCAGCGCCAAGUACCCGGCUCCGGAGCGACUGCGGGAGUACCACUCCAUAUUCGCCGGUGCUGAGGACUUACGGACGGAGAAGAGACCACGUCACAAAAUUCUGAGCAAACACCGGCCCCUGGAUGAACAGGCGAUGCUGGAGAAGCUGAAGUAUUUCCCGGUAUGCGUCAGCUCCAAAGGGAAAGAAGAGGAAAGCGCGGGAGAAGGUUUGGGAAGCCUACCUCGGAACAUCAACUCGGUCAGCUCUCUACUGCUCUUCAACACAAAUGAGAACCUCUAUAGGAAGUACGUGUUUCUGGACCCGCUGGCUGGCGUCGUCAGUCGGACCAACGCUCCAUUAGAAGGAGACGAUGAAGAGAAGCUCUUCGACGCGCCCCUGUCAAUCACCAAAAGGGAGCAACUGGAACGGCAGACAGCUGAGAAUUACUUCUAUGUACCGGACUUGGGGCAAGUUCCUGAGAUCGAUGUCCCCUACUACUUGCCAGAUCUGCCAGGGGUAGCCGAUGACCUCAUGUACAGUGCCGAUCUUGGCCCGGGAAUUGCUCCUUCUGCCCCUGGUGGUCCUAUUCCUGAGCUGCCAACUUUCAACACCGAAGAAGUGAUUGAACCUUUGAAGCCAGAUACUCAAGAUGGACGCCUCAUGCCUCCUCCGCCUCCCCCACCACCGCCGCCGCCACCUCCACCACCUCCUGCACCAGCGUCUUUUACCCCGCCAGCACCUCCACCUCCUCCUCCAUUUACCCCUGCAGCAGGUGGAGCUGGAAACGAAGCCGGCGAUCCAGGUGCUGUCCGAGGCGCCCCUAAAGAGGUAGCUGAUCCCUCUAACGGACGAGCGUCCCUGCUGGAGUCCAUCCGCCAGGCGGGAGGCAUCGGAAAAGCCAACCUGCGCAGCGUGAAGGAGAAGAAACUGGAGAAGAAGAAAAUGAAAGAGCAGGAACAAGUGACUGCGACUGUUGGAGGAGGCGACCUGAUGUCCGAUCUCUUUAACAAGCUGGCGAUGAGAAGGAAAGGGAUCUCUGGGAAGGGUCCGGUUCCCGGUGAUGGGACUGCCGAUGCUCCCACGGGAGCGUUUGCCCGUAUAUCUGAUACAAUCCCACCGCUGCCAGCCCCCCAGCCGCCUUCUGGGGAUGGUGAUGAGGAUGAGUGGGACUCGUAGCGUCAGCCUGUUUUUUCCCCGGCUCUGUCUUUCCAUCCUCUCCCCAAUUAAUCUUCUUGGGAUGAUGGCGAGCGGUCUGUCUGUCUGUCCAACAUACUAUCAGACCCCGCAAUGCGAGACUGUAUGAUCGCGUAAGACGGACCGAAGUCCGCGGGGGUCCUACGUGAAUCCUGUAACUACCACAGCAUCGGUAUCUUCCCCGCAGCCGCUGAUCUUGUUCUGUUACUCUUUUUUUCCAAUUAAAUUUACGAGGAAGAAAAAA